GCGUGUAAAAUUCACUCCCUUUUCGAAGUUCGCGUGGGUCUGAUUUUGCGGCAAAUCUUUUCAGUUUAUAUUCACUCACCUCAUAUUCCUCAGUAUCAGCUUACGUAUCAAUUAUCAUUCGAAAAUCUCAGUUGAUCAAUUUAAAAUUUAUUGCCAUAUAAAACAUACAAGUACCAAAGUUUUGAAUGUCUGAUGAGUCUUAAAGGCAAAUAACAGCGCAGAUCUCCAUUUAAUGUGUUUUAUCUUAGAGAGAAGGAUGGACUUCAAUUAGACUACUUUGCCGGCAUCCAGAGUAUAGAUUGUCAAAAGGCGGAAUCUCCCACAAACUUCAAAUACGUCGUGCUUUACUUUCGUUUUGCUUAUCAUGUGUUUUACGAUGGUAUAAAGCUCCUAAUUCACACUCCGAUAAUAUUAUUAACGUAUUUCCCUAUGGAUGAACUAGCUUCAAGUUAUCCUCAGACCUUUAGUGGUCUACGUAAAUCGGAGGUUAAAUUAAGGAGAAAGAAAGAAAUACCUCCACCCAAAUACCUAUGUAUGCCUGGUUCAUUAGCAGUUAUAGACAAAAUACCCAUCAUUGACAGGUCUCAUACGCUGUGCAACAAAAUAAAAUGCAUAUUUCAAAACAACGAUAUAGGUGUAGAACUUCAGAAACUACAAAUACCCCAAAUUGCUUCCAACCAUGACAAUACUUACUCAGAGAGCCAUGGGGUUGGUCAUUUGCCGAAAAUCGGGAGACUUCGUCGUUUACUAAAGAAAGAAACAAAACAUGAGUGGUUGGAAGUUUCGAAUCAUAGCAUGUUUUGGUCUCAUGUACUUUUUGGUUCAAAUGAAAUAAUUCGACGUUUGGAAAAUUAUAGUCAAAGUGGGGCGAACAGUCAAAUUGAUGGGAAGAAAAUUUUUUGCGUUUUUAUCGAUUCUGGCUGGUUACAGUCACAAUAUGUGCAUCACCUUGUUAAUUUAUGUGAUUUGUUAAAUAUUAGAUUGAUAUCUGUUAGACCGUCGGGAUGUUUACCUGAAUUGGUUACCACCAAAUUGAAAGAAGUAAAAAAAUUGGCAGUUUUUGCAUUUUCUACAUCUAAUGAAGCUCCGUCAGAUCUUUUGGAUAUAUUUCGGCAGCUUGAUACUCUAUUCUCACCAUGUGUUGGUAAUACUAAUAUCAGUUCAGCUAAGUGGAGCACUAAACGAAAAACACCUUCAUUUGAAGUGGACGACAGGCAUUCUGAUAAUUCAUCCAUAGUUGAACCGAAACAAUCAUGGGAAGUUGUACAAAUCAGUCCUCAAUUGUAUGCUUGUAGCUCUAUGGUCCGUGAAUUUACUCUACAUGAAUUCCAGUCAUAUACUUCUUCGCUCAUUCAAAAAUCAUGCAAUAAUGGUGAUAAUACUACCUACGACACUUUGUUUAACAAUGCUCUUCAUUCUCAUUUGUAUAGUGGUAACCAUGGUCUACCGCAGUAUAAAUCUCCAUCAUUAAAAACAGUUGUUGCUCAAACUGUGGAUCAGCGUGCAAAUCGGAAGCCAACAAUGAAUGAUGUUAAAGAAAAAGAUUUGGAUGAGAUUGCUGUGAAGAACUUUGUUUCAUACAUUCAGUUUGCUACAGUCCAUCCAAAACCGAAUUAUCGACCUGCAGUUGAUUGGCUUGUCAGUUUAGGUGAGGAGUUACAACUUGAAUGCAGUGUGGUUGAACCUGUUGCUGACAAUCCUAUUGUUAUCAUGUGUUGGAAAGGAUAUCAGGCGGAACUACCUGCAAUUAUGCUAAACUCUCACAUGGAUGUAGUACCAGUGGUGCAAGAGAAGUGGUCAUUCCCACCGUUCGGUGGCGUAAUUGCUUCAGAUGGAAAAAUAUACGGUCGAGGAACUCAGGAUAUGAAGUCUGUUGGUAUUCAACAGCUAGAGGCUGUUAGAAGACUGAAAUCCCGCGGUUAUCAACAAUUACGUCGCACAGUUUACUUGACGUUUGUGCCUGAUGAAGAAUUGGGUGGUGCUAAGGGGAUGAAACCUUUCGUAGGCAACCUUACCGAAUUUAAAGGAAUGAAGUUUGCAGACAUGAAUAUUGGUUUUUGUUUAGACGAAGGUAUACCAAGUUCAUCAGAAGACUAUCUAGCAUUUUAUGAUGAACGUCGGCCAGUGUGGUUGAAUGUAUAUUUCUAUGGGAAUGCCGGACAUGGCCUAGCUUUAAUUGAAAAUACUGCUGCUGAGAAAUUUCGAAUUUUCCUAAAUCACAUUUACUGUUUUCGUAAAGAAGAACAGUUACGAUUGGAGAAUUCUCAAGGCAAAUUAACAUUAGGCGAUAUAACAACGGUGAAUAUGACAAUGAUUAGUGGUGGUGUACAACACAAUGUCGUACCUGAAAAGUUGUUAGCAUCAUUUGACAUCCGGCUGACACCAUCCUUAUCUUUAGAUGGUUUGAAGGAGAAGUUGAAUCAGUGGGCAAUCAGUGCUGGGGGACAAAUCGAAUUUGAAUACUCUAAUACUGGUGUCGAUUUAAAGCAAUCAGUUGUAUUCCCAAAUGAAUCAAGUAAUCCAUGGUGGUUUACUUUAAUUGAUGUAUGUUCAAAAUAUGGUAGUAAAGUUCAGAAAAGAGUUUUUCCUGGUGGUACAGAUGCCAGAUUUGUUCGUGAAUACCACCUACUUCCACACGCAACCAAUGUUAAGCCAAUAGAAGCAAUUGGAUUUUCCCCAAUUAGAAAUACACCAGUUUUAUUACACGAUCAUGAUGAGUACUUGCAUAAGUCAGAAUUCAUACGUGGAUGUCGUAUAUACACUGAUCUUGUUCACGCUCUUGGUGAAUUACCUUGAGGCUAUAUGUCGUAUUAUUUUAUUUUCACUUGAUCAUGAUAACAUAAAUUCUUUGUGAUUGUAAGAAAAAACAAACAAAUUUUCGUAGAAUUCUUUCUUUCUUUUGAUUUUUUAGUACUGUUUUUAUUAUCCGCUGAUUACAGUGUAAAUUGUGAUCUGCUUUUACGUUUUUCUGAGAUUUGACUAUUCCUAUGGAGUCCCAGCGUUAUCAUAUAACAGCAUUCAGGUAUAACUAGUAUUCACAUCUGAUGAUAUAGCUUACGUGGAGAAUUCUUUCUAAGCUCUGGUCAGACAUAUAAUUCCGGCGUAAGGAUUACUUCGUGUAUAUGAAAUGUUACAACCAAUAUAACCAUUUCCCUUCGUAUUUCCGCCCUAAAGUCUACAGAAAAUUACUAGAACUACCUGUUAUCUCAUAAAUUAUGUGUGUAUUCAGUAGCCUCAGUUUCGAGUGAUUGCACGUUA